AUGCUGUCUCCGAUAGGCUCUUGCUUCCCACGCUCGCCAGCGCGCGUUCUGCUGGUAGUCUUGCUAUUCUUCGUGUUGCGUCAACUGCUUCAUUUUAGGUCACCUGGGCAGCCGGUCCGCCUCAGCGAACACAGCGUCCAAGAUGAUGACCGCUUAAACUGCGAGGGCCUCGAAGGGCUCAAAGACAUAUUCGUACUCUUGCGGACAGGGACCACCGAAGCGCCCAAGAAGCUACCUGCGCACUUCGCGACCACGCUACGCUGCGUCCCAAACUACGCCAUCUAUUCCGACUUUGAAGAGGAUAUAGCCGGCCACCACAUUUACAACGCCCUGGACGAGAUAGACCCAGAGAUCCGAGCGUCGCACCCAGACUUCGAAUACUACAACCGACUGCAAGGGAAGGGCAGGGAGGCUUUCACAGCUGAAGAGAUAGCGCAAUGGUCGUCUGCUAAGAACACCAUGGGCGGACGGGACAGUCCGGGGUGGAGGUUGGACAAGUGGAAGUUCCUCCCGCUGGCCGAUAAAGGGUACCGCGCGAACCCCAGGGCGAAAUGGUACAUCUUCGUCGAGUCGGAUACCUUCAUCCUGUGGAAGACGCUUCUCGAGUGGCUCUCCAAGUAUGAUGCUUCGAAACCGUACUACUUGGGCCAGCAGAUGCAGAUUGGCGACGUGGUGUUUGCGUAUGGCGGAGCCGGGUUUGCCGUUUCGAAUCCGGCCAUGAAGAAGGUCGUGGAGCACCGCAGCGCGAACCUCAAGUUCUACGACGACUUCACGGCCGGUCACUGGGCUGGUGAUUGUGUCCUUGGCAAAGCCCUUUUGGACGCCGGAGUGAAUCUCCACUGGUCGUACCCGACACUUUCGGGUGACGAACCAGCAGAUACGGACUUUGACUCUGGCUUCGGCGGGCCGGAGAGGAAACCGUGGUGUUACUACGCCGCGAGCUAUCAUCAUCUCCCUCCGUCGGAGUUUGCGACCUUCUCCGAGUUUGAGCGGAGAUGGAACAAUGAAAACACCACGCUCAUGCGUCACUACGAUAUCUUCCGGAACUACAUUCAGCCGCGUCUCCGGUCCGAACGUUCAGACUGGGACAACUUGUCGGAGAAGGAGCAGACUUCGGAGAGCUCUUUCAAGGCGUGCCGCGACGCGUGUCAGAGUCAGCAGGAUUGUCUGCAGUUCUCCGUCUCCGGCUACAGCUGCAAGACGUCUACGGCGCUGAAACUGGGCCACAAGAGCUCUGCUGAGGAGCAGGUCGCAUCCGGGUGGAUGCUGGAUCGCAUCGAGGAUUUUACCAAGCGCAUGGACGCGGCCUGCGUCGACCGAGACUGGAUCAUGCCAUAG